AUGUCCGACCCACAAAGCAUCAUCCACCCCACUGUCCUUCUAACGAUGGACAAAGGCGUAAAUGACUCCCUCGCCUUGAUCAACCUCCUCAAAUUUGACCCCACUACCACCAAAACGCUUGCCCUACUCGCCAUUGCUCUACCAGUUACGUGCAUUGUCCUUUGGAUUCGAUAUCCUUGCAUCACUUCCGCCCCAUUACUGAACACCGCACGACUUGCCAAGGAGACAUUUGAUAACUGGCAUUUUGACGGAAUCAUUUGGCGACGGAGAAUAUGA